AUGUCUGAGCAGUUUCAUUUUUUUUCCCUGCCCCUUGAGAUACGCGAGAUGAUCUGGACUUACGCUGUCCCCGAUCGGAUCGUCGAGGUUGGCCAGCCAGGGGACCCCGAUGUUCUGCCAGCAAGCGACCUCAAGAAAGCCUGGAUUCAAAACCACAAGCCCCCAACUGUUGCCUUGAUCUGCAAAGAGUCUCGGGACAUUGCAAUGAAGUCAUCGGGUAUUCCUCGGGGUGGAUUUACCUCGUUUGCCAAGGACUACCAGUAUUGGCUGAAGUCCACCAAGACCAUCCAUUUCAACGCAGAAGAUGAGAGCGAGCUGGAUAUGCCCAUGAACAUGUGGCUGGAAAACGAUAUGCUUGAUAUGCUGAAGGUGGUACGCCGGGGCAAAGAGCUGUCAAUCAGUGCAGAUCUCAUUCAACCUUUUAUUCGUUUCCACAAUCCUAGUUCUUGCAGUGGACUGAUGCAGCAUGUGUUGUUCGAUGAAAGAGUGGCAUGCACCAUUGCGCUUCAAACCGUUAUGAUCAAGGCAACUCAUGCACAAGCCCGUCGCUUCGGACUGUUUGGUGGUGGAGAUGAAGCCGCGCAGCUGGUAGAUCCGGAGGAUGAUGAGACUCUUAACAAGUUCAAAGAUCUCUGGAUCUUGUCCGAUGGAUCACAUGACAUGACGGCGGCCAAGUUCUUUGAGACCGUGGGAGGCCCCAGGUUUGACUUCCGAAUUAAGAGAUGGCGCGCCGAGCUGGCAGUCAAGUUCAUUCAGUGGUCGCUGAGAUUCAAUCCUCUUGGAGCCCCCCAACUUACCCAUAACGCGGCACAGGCCAUUCAGUGGCUUCGCCAAAACUUUGACCUGAGACAGAACCACGCUGUCCAGGAGCUCCUCGAUGAUUUCCCGGAGUUCAAGCUCCGGAUCAUGUUUCGACUGUGCCCUCCCCGGGCACGUCGAAACAUGAUUAUGUAA